UGCUGCUUCCAUGUGAGCUGCAGUGUUCCUUCCCUCCUCCCCUCCUUGUACAGCAGCCCUCCCCCUCUUUUGUGAGGUCUGCAGAUAAGAAACAUAAGGGAUAGGGCUGGCAGGGGAUUAGUACUAUUUCACUGCACCAGAAGGAGGUGAAAACAGAGAAGAGUGGAAAAAAGAGUGAUUGGGGCACUGCAGAAAAGGAGGAGAGAGAGAGACGUGCUGGCAGCACGGCUGUAUUUAAUAGAGGGACUCUGCGAAGCUGCCACCAUUGAUGAUCAUAAAAAGGAAACGGGAGUCAGAUUUGUAGGAGGCUGAAUGGGGAUUAAUCCACUGAGGAGCGGCCAAGCAAGGCAACCUUGCUGUCACAACAGACUCAUCCACUUUUUCCAGUGUUCUAGAAUCAGCCACUGUGCAUUUACCUGCUUGGAUUUCCUAAGCAACCCAGUCCCAGGCUACAAUUUGAUUUAUGCAGUGUAUAAACAGGAAAAUUGUUAUGGAUUGCCUUUGAUCAUCUGACUGGUACUGCAAUGCUAGGUGCGAUCUAAGUUGAGGAAGCACAUUGGGCAAGAAUCGCACUGCUCUCCCAUUCUUCACUGAGAAAGGAGACAGGUUGGUAUCAAAAUAACGUAGAAAAUGGCUACUCUGCUGCGGAAAAUAGGACUGAUUCGUCUUCACGAUAGGGACACAGAAGACCCUAAGCAUCAUCAUCAUCGUAGCCAGCAAGGAUCGCUGAAGGGUAGCAGGGGAAAGCAUAGCAUCAACAAGCAACAGCAGCAUCAGCAAGGAGGCUCAGCAGGAGGAGGGGGUGGUGGGAGCAGUGGGGGAGGUAGCAGUGGCUGCUGCAGCAAUAACACUACAACUACUGAUGGGAUCCUUGGCCAGCCUGAGAUCAAGGGCAAAAAGGCUGAGCAAGGCCACAAGGACAAGCACUAUACUGCAGGUGGUAAGGAAAAGAAUACCGGUAGAGAGACCAGCACUCCGACCAUUGCCAAGGAGCCCAAACCACAAGGAGGUGUUGCAGGAAAUGGAGUGGUAGGUGGGAAACAAAGCGGGGGAUCUUCCUUGCAACCCCUGGGGCCCCCAAAUCGACAACAUUGUACUCAGGUGAGGAGCAGAAGGCUUAUGAAAGAGCUACAAGACAUCCGCAAGCUGAAUGAUCACUUUAUCUCUGUGGAGCUGGUGGAUGACAGCCUCUUUGAUUGGAAUGUUAAACUGCACCAGGUGGACAAGGACUCCAUCCUCUGGCAGGACAUGAAGGAGACCAAUACAGAGUCCAUCCUGCUCAAUCUGACAUUCCCUGACAACUUCCCCUUCUCGCCUCCCUUUAUGCGAGUGCUCAGUCCCAGGCUAGAGAAUGGCUAUGUGCUGGAUGGUGGGGCAAUCUGCAUGGAGCUGCUCACUCCCAGAGGAUGGUCCAGUGCCUACACAGUGGAAGCAGUGAUGAGACAAUUUGCUGCCAGCCUUGUCAAAGGACAGGGGCGCAUCUGUAGAAAAGCUGGCAAAUCCAAAAAAGCCUUUAGCCGCAAAGAGGCAGAAGCAACAUUCAAAAGUCUGGUGAAAACCCAUGAGAAGUAUGGCUGGGUUACCCCACCUGUGUCUGAUGGCUGAUGGAUAAGAAGCUUAAGAAAAUAUAGACAUUCAGGAAGGAAAGAGAAAACAACCUUACAGAGAAAAUGAAUAUAUGAAUAUAUUUAAAAAUAAAUCACUAUGCCAUCUUCUCAGUGCUGUAUAUCAUCUAUACAUCUGUCCUUUUCUACUUCAGCUUCAGUUUGAGAAUGUGACUGACAGGAAGAUUUAUAAUUUAUCUAUGUUCAGAUGUGUUUACACUGGAAUUUAUGGAAGGAACCUAGAACAUGGAAAAUAAUGUGCUACAAUCAUGUUUCCAGACUGAUGAGCGAUCCUCUUCAAGUCACUAUAGUGUGGAGAUUUGUCCAUUCUAGGCAUGAUAUUUCAGCUUCUUUCCAUGACAGCAGUAACAAAAGGCAGCAGCAGCAUUAAAUCUGUGGUUGCUUGGUUUAUUUAAAUGUAAAUGAAGCCGUUAAUAUUUUAUAGGCAAGCAGUGCAUUGCAGGUACAUGUUUGCUGUGAUGUUUAUCUUUGUCCUUUUUCCUGCCAGGUCAACACAAGUUUGAAGAUUUGUCUUUAUGUGGAGCUGUGGUCCGCUGUGACUCAAAAUUUAGACCUCAUUUGUGUUCGAUGUGAUCUGUGUUGGAUAACUGACGAAAUAUAACAGUGGGAAAAAUAAUAAUAAAGAGUUAUAGUGUGGAGCUAUUGUAAAAUAAAAAUCACCUGAAAUGUUCAAUGCUAAUUCUGUGGUGUAAUAUAUGGUGCAGUGAGAUGUUAAGCCAAAUAAACAUCCUUUCUGACAGA